AUGAAGCCGGAAACUAAGAGAACCGCCGCAGUUAUACGGCGGAGCGACGCCGACGGUGGUUCUUCUCCGUUCAAUCUGAGCUCUCUGAAGCAUGCGAUCGACACUAUAGAUGCUCAAGACAAUUACAGAUUAUACCAGAACGCCCCAGGAGCAAAUUACAGAUGUGUCUGGGCUUUGAGCCAGUAUUACCCCGAUGUCAAAACCUUUGUCCGUGCACACGACGUUGCUCAUGGCCUUAAUCUAGAAAAAAGCUGGUGCUACUGCUGUAAUGUUGUCCCGGAGACUCUGGAGCCAAGUCUACAGUUGGCAGCUGCUGUUCUUGCUCAGGUCAACUUACCGACAUCAGAAAUCGCAAACACGAUCAACGAGUUCAGAGCGCGUCACCUGUCUGAACUAACCGAGCAAGUGGAAGCUCUCUGGGGUAUUGGUUUCUCAAGGAGUAAGCCUAAACCUCAACAGUCAGUUUCAUCUAAUGAUAACCAGAUAAUCGAAGGAGGCAUACUCGCUAUCUGA